ACACCGGAGUCACUUCCGAAGAGAGAGAACCGCCAUGAAGAGAGAAGGGGGUGCCGCCCACCUCUGCUCCGACAGCCUCCCCGAGUCCCAGCAGCAAGACGGCAACCACGCACCCAACUUCUCCAGCCACAGCACAUGCCGCCGUCGCCAGCGGCGCCGACAUGACAAGGCGCUGCAUGCCCGCUAGGCCAGGUUUCCCCUCAUCCCCAGCCCCGGGGUCGUCGCCCCCGCGCUGCCAUCUGAGACCCGGUAGUACCGCCCCUGCUGCAGCGGGAAAGAGAACAGAGAGUCCUGGGGACAGGAAGCAGUCAAUUAUAGAUUUCUUCAAACCAGCUUCAAAACAAGAUAGACAUAUGUUGGAUUCUCCACAAAAAUCGAACAUCAAAUAUGGAGAAAGUGGAUUGUCCAUCAGUGGGACAGAGCAGUUUGAAAGGAAACUAUCCUCACCAAAAAGAUCUAAACCCAAAAGGGUGCCAUCAGAAAAGAGCCCCGUCUUAGAGGCAUUCAUGAAAGGUGUUAAAGAGCACCAUAGAGAUCAUGGUGUACAUGAGUCACGUCAGCCUUGUGUGUCACUGGCCACCAAAUGUCCAAAGGCAGUUACAAAAUACGUUCCUCCUUCAUAUCUCUUGUCAAAAGAGACGAAGAAAAAACAUCAGUCUCCAGAGGGAAGGAAGUCACAUUUCAUUCAUGAAAAUAGCAGGGAGAAGAAUGAUGGAGAUCGAGGCAAAAUCAGUGCAGAUUCUAAAAAGCAGGCCGCGGUGACAGAAGCUGACAUCUUCAAGAACAGCUCCAGAAGUCUUAGCAGCAGGAGCAGCCUGUCCAGGCACCACCCAGGAGAAAGCCCACUGGGAGCUAAGUUCCAGUUGUCUCUAGCUUCUUACUGCAGAGAAAGAGAACUAAAGAGGUUGAGAAGGGAGCAAAUGGAGCAGAGAAUCAACUCAGAAAAUUCUUUCUCAGCAGCAAGCACUCUUUCCUUAAAAUCCUCUAGUAUAGGAAGAAGAUGCAAACCAAGGCAGGAACAGAGUAAACAGAAUGAUGUCACAGCCGGAAAUAGUAAUCUUUCAAACCUGGAAAAUGGACCUCUCUCAAGAAAAAGAUCCUCUUCUGAUUCAUGGGAACCUGCCUCAGCAGGCUCUAAGCAGAAUAAAUUCCCUGACAAAAGAAAAAGGAACUCUGUGGACUCAGAUCUGAAAAGCACAAGAGAAUCUAUAAUGCCAAAAGCAAAAGAGUCCUUCCUUGAGAAGCGUCCUGAUGGACCACAUCAGAGAGAAAAAUUUAUAAAGCAUAUUGCACUGAAGACACCUGGUGGUGUAUUGCGCUUGGAAGAUAUAUCCAAGGAACCGAAUGAAGAAGCUGAUUGCUCCUCUGCAGGCUUGACACCUUCAAAUACUGGGCACCAUUCUUCCAGGAAUAGUGACCAAAUUCGUGUGGCAAGUACCAAAGAGACUAAGAUACAGAAACCCCACUUACCUUUACCUCAGGAAAAGUCUGCAGUUAAAAAAGCUAGCAACCUUCAGAAAAAUAAAACUGCUAGCUCUGUGGCAUCACAGGAGACAAAACUUCUACCUUUACUAUCCCAUGUUCCAAGUGCUGGUUCCUCUCGGGUUCCAUUAAAUGCUAAAAAUUGCACUCUUCCAGUUCCUAAAAAAGAUAAAGAGCGUUCCUCAUCUAAAGAAUGUUCUGGGCAUUCUACAGAGUCCUCCAAACACAAGGAACACAAAGCAAAGACUAAUAAGGCUGAUUCUAACGUAUCUACAGGGAAAAUUUGUGGGGGAUCUUUGCGUUCAGAAUAUGGCACUCCUACAAAGUCUCCCCCGGCUGCUUUGGAAGUUGUGCCAUGUAUUCCGAGCCCAACAGCACCUUCAGAUAAAGCCCCUUCAGAUAAAGAGAGUUCAGGAAAUUCCAAUGCAGGUAGCAAUGCACUGAAAAGAAAACUAAGGGGUGAUUUUGAUAGUGAUGAAGAAAGUUUAGGUUAUAACCUAGACAGUGAUGAGGAAGAGGAAACAUUAAAAUCACUGGAAGAAAUAAUGGCUUUGAACUUCAAUCAGACUCCUGCAACUACAGGAAAGCCUCCUGCUCUUUCUAAGGGGCUUAGAUCUCAGUCAUCAGACUAUACAGAACAUGUUCAUAGUGGAACUUACACAAAUACUUUAGAGCGUCUAGUGAAGGAGAUGGAAGACACACAAAGGCUAGAUGAACUGCAGAAGCAACUACAGGAAGACAUAAGGCAGGGCCGAGGCAUUAAAUCUCCAAUCAGAAUUGGCGAUCAAGACAGUACAGAUGAUGAAGAUGGCCUCUUAGAAGAGCACAGAGAAUUUCUAAAGAAAUUUUCAGUUACAAUUGAUGCUAUUCCUGAUCAUCAUCCAGGCGAAGAAAUAUUUAAUUUCCUUAAUUCUGGAAAAAUUUUCAAUCAGUAUACCUUGGAUUUAAGAGACUCUGGUUUUAUCGGACAAAGUGCUGUAGAAAAGCUUAUUCUUAAAUCAGGAAAAACAGAUCAGAUUUUUUUGACAACACAAGGCUUCCUUACCUCUGCUUAUCACUAUGUCCAGUGUCCUGUACCUGUGUUAAAGUGGCUGUUUCGGAUGAUGUCAGUUCAUACAGACUGUAUUGUGUCUGUGCAGAUUUUAAGUACAUUAAUGGAAAUAACAAUAAGAAAUGAUACCUUCAGUGAUUCACCAGUUUGGCCUUGGAUCCCAUCAUUGUCUGAUAUAGCUGCUGUGUUUUUCAAUAUGGGAAUUGAUUUUAAAUCUUUGUUCCCUCUGGAGAAUCUUCAGCCAGACUUUAAUGAAGAUGACCUAGUUUCUGAAACACAGAUGACACUGGGGGUGAAAGGAAGUGAAGAUUCUUCUUGUAAGCCAAUAUUUUCAUCUCUCCCUGAAACCAACAUUUUAAAUGUGGUCAAGUUUCUAGGCUUGUGUACAUCUAUACAUCCGGAAGGUUACCAGGAUUGUGAAAUAAUGUUACUGAUUUUAAUGUUGUUUAAAAUGAGUCUGGAAAAACAACUGAAACAGAUUCCUCUAGUAGACUUUCAAAGCCUCCUGAUAAACCUGAUGAAAAACAUCAGAGAUUGGAAUACAAAGGUGCCUGAACUCUGUCUGGCCAUAAAUGAACUCUCCAGUCAUCCCCACAACCUUCUGUGGUUGGUACAGCUGGUCCCUAACUGGACAUCACGUGGAAGGCAACUGAGACAGUGCCUCAGCCUAGUGAUUAUUUCAAAGCUUUUGGAUGAGAAACAUGAAGAUAUCCCUAAUGUGAAUAAUCUGCAGAUAUCAGUCUUGCAUCGCUAUCUUGUGCAAAUGAAGCCUUCAGAUUUGUUGAAGAAAAUGGUCUUGAAGAAAAGGGCUGAACAACCAAAUGGCACUAUUGAUGAUAGUCUUCAUUUGGAACUUGAAAAGCAGGCAUAUUACCUGACCUACAUUCUUCUUCAUUUAGUCGGUGAAGUUAGUUGUUCUCACUCUUUUUCUUCUGGACAACGGAAACACUUUGUGCACCUCUGUGGGGCUUUAGAAAAGCAUGUUAAGUGUGAUAUUAGGGAAGAUGCAAGACUGUUUUAUAGAACUAAGGUAAAAGACUUGGUUGCCAGGAUACAUGGAAAAUGGCAGGAAAUAAUCCAGAACUGUCGACCUACUCAGGGGCAGCUUCAUGACUUCUGGGUACCAGAUUCUUAACAGGAGUUGCAGCAGCAAAAUUAUGAACCAAGAGAAAUUCAAUAAGAGUCUUUCCUAAAGGAGUA